ACCUACGAGGCCACCAUGGCCAUUUACCGUGACAAGCUCGGCGGUGACAACUACAACACCGAGAUCAGACCCAUCAAAGACCAAUCGCGAGCCAUCUUCGUUAACGUCAGUUUCGAGCUGGUCUCCAUCGUGGAGGUCAACGACGUCCUUCAGAGUUUUGUCUGCAAUGGUUUCCUGGUCUUCAGCUGGAAUGACGAGGUAAGAACUUUUCACAAAUUGCUUUGUUUGUUUACAGUCAAUGCAAAUAAACAAUUAAUAUAACAAUAAGUAAAAAAACACCAAACAAACGAACAAAUUAAUGCAUGUAAACACAAGAAUGUUUCCUUCCAUUCAUCCCUGUGGCGCUACAGCCGAUGUAGAGCUUUCGCCUGGCUCCCACAAUCUUCAGUAUUAUUUAUUCUGCACCACGGGCUUGUCAAUCUGGUUUCGCACUGAUGGAUCAGUCUUUAAUGUUAGGAGACAUCAAGCUAAGACCAAGGUCAAACAUAACACCAUCAACGAGCGUCUGUUUGCGGACGAUUGUGCCCUCAACGCUUCCUCAGAAGCAGCCAUGCAACACAGUGUUGAUAUCUUCUCGGAGGCCUGCAUAACUUUGGCCUCACAAUCAGCACAAAGAAGACUCAGGUGAUGUAUCAGCUAGCUCCUAGUAAGCCCUACGUGGAACCAAACAUCAUCAUCAGCGAACAGCGUCUUAACGCGAUGGAUAAAUUCAUUUACUUGGGCAGCACCCUCUCCUGAUCUGUCGUCAUGGAUGACGAAAUAAGUGCCAGACUCGCAAAAGCUAGUGCUAUAUUUUGCAGGCUCCGCAGCACUGUUUGGGACAGGAGAGUUAUCAGGCGAGAAACGAAGAUCAAGUUAUAUAGCGCAGCAAUCCUCUCGACAUUGCUCUACGGAUGUGAAACGUGGACAGUCUACCAGCGUCACGCCAAGAAACUGAACCAUUUUCAAACAACAUGCUUCAGGAAACUUCUCGGCAUCAGGUGGCAAGACAAAGUCUCGGACACCGAGGUCCUUGCUAGAGCAAACCUACCUAGUAUCUUCACCACCCUGAUGGCGUAUCAGCUCCAUUAGAUAGGACACGUAGCCCCGUAUGGAAGACCACCGGCUCCCAAAACAGAUAAUCUUUGGAUAACUCACGAUAGGCAAGCGCUCCCAAGGAGGUCAAAAAAGCGUUACAAAGACUCACUGAAAGUGUCACUAAAGCCUUCAGCAUCAACCCUAUUGGAUGGGUGCAGACAACCCAGGACAGAGCCAUGUGGAGUGAAGCUUUCAAGAAGGGGGCUAAAUCCCAUGAAGCCAGUAGGAUAACUACAGCUGAGAAAUGCAGGCUGGCCCGAAAGAGCAACAUUAGAUCACCGUCUGCAGCACCUAUCCCCUGCCCACGGUGCCAGAGAUUAUUCCGAGCACGGAUCGGUCUAGCAAGCCACCUACAAGCUCACCGUAACCACCUCCCACCCCCUCCCCCCGAAAUCGGAUAACUCGAUGGUCCUAAUCAAUUUUGACCGAUGAACAACAAAACAAGGACUUUGGCCUGCGUCAUCACUUCCUUCCAAUCAGACCUAACUAAUGCUUUUCUUUUCCAUGUUUUAAUUCCCAGCUGCUAUAGAUCUUUUUCCACAUCAUCCAUCCAUCUCAACCUAGGUCUGCCUUUGAGCCGUUUUCCUCUGGGGUUUUGGUGAUGCACCCACUUCACCUCUUUGCCAUUUUAUCUUUUUUUCCACGUGUCCUGCCCAGUGUAGCCUUUCCCUUUUUACUUCUCUCACUCUCCAUCUCCAGUUCACUCUCCUGUCUGUGAACAUAAUAUGGCCCCCACUCAAAAAGUUGCCUCCCCUUUAUGAACCCCAAGUCUCAUGCACUCGUGACAUGACAAUCGUUCACACUCACUCACAAGCCCCACUUGUCACCAAAAAUCAAAACCCACACAAGCCCCACUUGUCACCAAUAAUCAAAACCCACACAUUCUCUCUGAUGUCAUGACCUUGACAACUAGCAAAUCUUCUGCCAUUCCUCCACAGCGCAUCGCCUGGGACCCAGCUGACCAUCACGGACAAACGGUCAUCCAUCCUUUGCCGGAAAAGAUCUGGAGACCACGAGUGAUUUUGUUAAAUACACUCGGAGAGCGAGACCUCUUUGAUGACAACAAAGCGUGAGUGGCUUAUUGAAUCCUUUGUGUAGUGUAGUGUUGGGUGCUGUCAGCCAGCCAUGUCGAAAGUUGGGUUACGGAAAAGCCCAGCAGAAGAGGCAGAACGGUACCAUACUUGCCGGGGCCAUUAAAGAGCAAUAGCUCGGUCCCCCCUCCCCCCCCAAAAAAAAAAUGGAAUGCAAAAUUUCAUUGGUUUUUUUUUUAGUGUAGUGUUGAAGGGCUUUAUGAGAUAUAAUAUAUAUUUAUACGCCCUAUGUUCAGUAGGUUGAUGUGGAUGGCGUAGAGGUUGAUGUUGAGCCUGUAUAGGUUAAUUUGGAUGCUGUAUAUUUUCAUGUGGAUGUUGUGUAGGUUCAUGAGGAUGUUGUAUAGGUUGAUGUGGAUCCCGUAUAGGUUGAUGUGGAUGCUAUAUUGGCUCAUGUUGUAAGGGUUCGUCGAGUAUGGGUCCGUGUGGCAUAUUAUGUUUAUAUUGUAUGGUUAGAUGUUGCAUUUUGAAUAGGUUUAUGUUGUAUUAUGUUUAAGUUGAAUAAGAGUCGGGUGUGUACAGGUUUGUGUUGCAAUGGAUUAUGACAUUAUGUGUAUUUUGCAUGGGGGUCAUGUAGAAUAUUAUCAUUGAGCCUUACAUUCCUUCAUCACAAAAACGCAGCUGUUUAAUUUGGGCGUAAUUUACAUUACACGUGAUUUGCUCAUACAUUACAUCGUCGAGCUCUUGAUACUUUACGUACUUCAUUAUAUUACUACAGAGUAAAACAAUACAAAGGUGUGCUGGUCAAUGGCGUAUAGUAAAACGUAUCUACAAAGUUAUCGAUUGUGUUUACUAGACAUAUUCAUUUUGAUGAUAUUUCUAACAUUUACUGGUACUUCUACUGACUGUUCAGAUGUCACUUUGACUAUUUACUGGUACUUCUACUGACUGUUCAGAUGCCACUUUAAGUGUUUACUGGUAAUUCUACUGACUGUUCAGAUGUAAUUUUGAGUAUUUACUGGUACUUUUACGGACUGUUCAGAUGUCACUUUGAGUAAUUACUCGUACUUCUGCCGAUUGUUCCACAGCCCAGUUUUUAUGUUUCACAAUGGGAAAACCUCCUGGGUUCCUGGGAGUAUUUUCCCGACUUCGUGUGAGCUCCACAUGGAAAAUUACCCAUUUGAUCAGCAAUCUUGUAGCAUACAGGUGAGCUAUUGCAUAUAACUGUCUCAAGCUUAGUAAAGAUAUCCUUAUUGGAAUCAAAAACCUAAAGAAAAGAAGUCCCACCCUGAACCUUCAUGUACUGGAAAUUUUUAAACACAUAUUCGAGUUCAAGCCGUUAUGCCAGAUAUAACCCGUGGAACAGGCUUUUGUCCCAGUGAUUAACAGAAGAUAAGCCUACCAUUAAAGAGUUAUUGACAUAUUUAAAAAACAAUUGGAGCAUGACCAAACUGAAUGUACCAGUGUAUUGAUAAAAUUGGAGGAGAGGUAUAUUUGGCUCGGGUUUUACAUUCACGGGGUCUCAUAUUCAUAGGGUCUCACAUUCCCAUUGCCUCGAAUUCAAGGCCUCACAUUCACAGGGUCUAACAUUGACAAGGCCUCACAUUCAUAGGUUCUCACAUUUACAAGGAUUUACAUUUUCAGGGUCUCACAUUCACAUUGCCUCACACUCCGGGCCUCAACAUUCACAGGGCCUCACAUUCAUAGGGUCUCACAUUCACAGGGUCUCACAUUUACAUUGCCUGACAUUCACAGGGUCUCACAUUCACAAGGUCUCAAUUUCACAGUGUCUCACAUUUACAGGGUCUCACAUUCAGGGCCUCACUUUCACAGGGACUCACAUUCACAUUGCCUCACAUUCACAGGGCCUCACAUUCAUAGGGUCUCACAUUCACAGGGUCUCAGAUUUACAUUGCCUCACAUUCACAGGGUCUCACAUUUACAGGGUCUCAAUUUCACAGUGUCUCACAUUUACAGGGCCUCACAUUCACAGGGUCUCACAUUUACUGGGCCUCACAUUCACAGGGUCUCAUAUUCACAUUGCCUCACAUUCAGGGCCUCACAUUCUAAGGGUGUCACAUUUACAGGGCCUGACAUCCACAUUGCCUCAUGUUCAGGGCCUCCCAUUCACAGGGUCUCACAUUCACAGGGCCUCAAAUUCACAGGGUCUCACAUUCGCACUGCCUCACAUUCAUAGGGUCUCACAUUCACAUUGUCUCGCAUUCAGGGCCUCACAUUCACAGGGUCUCACAUUCGCAGGAUCUCACAUUACAUUGUCUCAUAUUCAGGGCCUGACAUUUACAGGGCCUGACAUUUACAGGGCCUCACAUUCACGGGGUAACACAUUCACAGGGUCUCACAUUCACAUGGUCUCAUAUUCACAUGGUCUCACAUUCGCAGGGUCUCACAUUCACAGGGUCUCACAUCCACGGGAUCUCACAUAAACAGGGUCUUACAUUCACAGGGUCUCACAUUCACAGAGACUCAAAUCUAUCACCGUCCUUUAGUUGUCGAGUAUAUCUGGCUCCUCUUUAUCUCUGAAGUGCACUGUGUUGGCAUUAAAAAUAAUAUCUAUAUUAGUAUAUUAGUAUAAUCAAAUUUAGUCCAUUAUCUGUCACACGGUCUCACAUUCACACUGCCUCACAUUCACAGGGUCUCACAUUCACAUUGCCUCACAUUCAGGGCCUCACAUUCAGGGCCUCACAUUCACAGGUUCUCACAUUCACAGGGUCUCACAUUCACAGGGUCUCACAUUUACAGGGCCUCACAUUCACAGGGUCUCACAUUUACAGGGCCUCACAUUUACAGGGUCUCACAUUCACAUUGCCUCACAUUCCAGGCCUCACAUUCAUAGGGUCUCACAUUCACAGGGUCUCACAUUUUCAUUGCCUCCCAUUCACAGGGUCUCACAUUCACAGGGUCUCACAUUUACAUUGCCCCACAUUCAGGGCCCCACAUUCACAGGGUCUCACAUUUACAGAGCCUCACAAUCACAGGGCCUCACAUUCGCAUGGCCUCACAUUCAUAGGGUCUCACAUUCACAUUGUCUCGCAUUCAGGGCCUCACAUUCACAGGGUCUCACAUUUAGAGGGUCUCACAUUCACAGGGUCUUACAUCCACGGGAUCUCACAUAAACAGGGUCUUACAUACACAGGGUCUAACAUUCACAUGGUCUCAUAUUCACAUGGUCUCACAUUCGCAGGGUCUCACAUUCACAGAGUCUCACAUUCACAGGGUCUCACAUCCACGGUAUCUCACAUAAACAGGUCUUACAUUCACAGGGUCUCACAUUCACAUUGCCUCACAUUCACAGCAUCUCACAUUCACACUGCCUCACAUUCACAGGGUCUCACAUUCACAUUGCCUCACAUUCACACUGCCUCACAUUCACAGGAUCUCACAUUCACACUGCCUCACAUUCACAGGGUCUCACAUUCACAUUGCCUCACAUUCAGGGCCUCACAUUCACAGGGUCUCACAUUCACACUGCCUCACAUUCACAGGGUCUCACAUUCACAUUGCCUCACAUUCAGGGCCUCACAUUCACAGGGUCUCACAUUUACAGGGUCUCACAUUCACAGUGUCUCACAUUCACAUUGCAUCACGUUCACAGGGUCUUACAUUUACAGGGUCGCACAUUCAGAGCCUCACAUUCACUGGGUCUCAAAUUCGCAUGGUCUCACAUUCAUAGGGUCUCACAUUUACAGGGCCUGACAUCAACACGGUCUCACAUUUACAGGGUCUCACAUUCAGGGCCUCACUUUCACAGGGACUCACAUUCACAUUGCCUCACAUUCACAGGGCCUCACAUUCACAGGGCCUCACAUUCACAGGGCCUCACAUUAACAUUGCCUCACACUCAGGGCCUCACAUUCACAGGGCCUCACAUUCACAGGGUCUCACAUUUACAUUGCCUCACAUUCAUAGUGUCUCAUAUUCACAUUGCCUCACAUUCAGGGCCUCACAUUUACAGGGCCUCACAUUCACGGGGUCCCACAUUCACAGGGUCUCACAUUCACAUGGUCUCACAUUUGCAGGGUCUCACAUUCACAGGGUCUCACAUUCACAGGGUCUCACAUUCAUUGGGUCUCACAUUCACAGGGCUCUCACAUUCACAGGGUCUCACAUUCACAGAGACUCAAAUCUAUCAGCUUCCUUUAGUAGUCGAGUAUAUCGGGCCCCUCUUUAUCUCUGAAAUGCACUGUGCUGGCAUUAAAAACAAUAUCCAUAAUAGUACAUUAGUAUAAUGAAACUUAAUCCAUUAUCUGUUUUAAAACUCUAAAAUUUCAUUUGACUAAAGAAUGUGAAGUAAAAUGUCUUGAUAAAAAAGAAAAAAAAAAUUGGGAAUAAAUCAAGAGCUGCCCCCCCCCCCUCCCGGCUAAACUAUAAAUAAGAAACACAAUUUAAAUGAUAAUGUUAAUGAAGUGUAUCAAAUCAUUAAGAAUCAGUUUAAUUAUGACUGAAGCAAAACUUCUUGGAUCGUUUUCAUAGACUAUCUUCAUUGUACUGUAGCCGUAGUUAUUUUCUUAAUUUUUUCAUUAGCUUGUCGCCAUGUCACUGACCAAAGAUGAGCUGCAGUUCGUCACGUCACCGUCCAGCGUGGGAGUCCAGUUCUCGACCACACACGAGGAGUGGGAAUUAAUACACAGACACAUUGAGGCCACAAACUUGACCACCGGUGUCAUGAAUUUCUCCUCUAUCAAGGUACAUGGGUACAUUGUGUGAAACUGAGUCUCCUCUAUCAAGGUACAUGGGUACAUUGUGUGAAACUAAGUCUCCUCUAUCAAAGGUACAUGGGUACAUUGUGUGAAACUAAGUCUCCUCUAUCAAGUACAUGGCCCUCUUUAUCAUGAAUUUCUCCUCUACCAAGGUACAUGGUACAUUGAGUGAAACUAAGUCUCCUAUAUCAAGUACAUGGCCCUCUUUAUCAUGAAUUUCUCCUCUACCAAGGUACAUGGUACAUUGAGUGAAACUAAGUCUCCUCUACCAAGUACAUGGCCCUCUUUAUCAUGAAUUUCUCGUCUACCAAGGUACAUGGUACAUUGAGUGAAACUAAGUCUCCUCUACCAAGGUACAUGGUACAUUGAGUGAAACUAAGUCUCCUCUACCAAGGUACAUGGUACAUUGAGUGAAACUAAGUCUCCUCUACCAAGGUACAUGGUACAUUGAGUGAAACUAAGUCUCCUCUACCAAGGUACAUGGUACAUUGAGUGAAACUAAGUCUCCUCUACCAAGGUACAUGGUACAUUGAGUGAAACUAAGUCUCCUCUACCAAGGUACAUGGUACAUUGAGUGAAACUAAGUCUCCUCUACCAAGGUACAUGGUACAUUGAGUGAAACUAAGUCUCCUCUACCAAGGUACAUGGGUACAUUGAGUGAAACUAUUUGGGGGUGUUUUCUUUAACUGGACUUUACAACUUUUGUUAUCGUCAGGAUGUAUGGUUUUUUAUUUUUUUAUCAGCUGUUAUCGUUUGCAUCAGAUAUUUUUGGGCUUUUAAAAAAUCUGAUCUCCUGUACAUUUAUAUAAUAUUUUCCCCUUAUGUAUAUCAACUGACUAUAUGAACGUGGUGAUCAGUUGAUUUCUAUCUAAGCAACCAAAAAAAAUGUAUAUAAAUAGAGCGUUUCUCGAAGCGUGCACAAUAAAUAUUCCAUGGUUGCCAAAGAACCAAUAUAAUAAUAUCAAUAACGUUUUUAUUGUGUCUAACAUAAAUAAAACCAUAAUGAUUCUUUUCAUUUUUAAUUCUUUUAAGUAUUCAUGUGUAUCAUUCUUUUUGUUUGUUAAUUAUUUUGAUUCUAUUUUCCUACUUGUGUUUUUAUGACUAUGUAAGCAUUUUUAUAAGAUAAAAUUAAAUUUGAUAAGAUAAAAUUAAAUUUGAUAAGAUAAUAUAAGAAAUAUAUAGGAUAAGUUUGCAUAAGAUCAGAUAGAAAAAAUUAGAAAAAAAUUAAAGAUUAGAUAAGAUGAGGUUAGAUAAGAUAAGAUUAUAUAUUGAUCAAAAUAAUUGGAAAUCAUUUUGCUUACGCUGUACAUGUUCAUGUUCAGCUCAUAAAUAAGACACAUUUUAAGCAAAACAAUGUUUUACAGCUAUAACAAUUUGAAAACAAGACAUCUACAGUGUUUCCUAAGCGUAGAUAUCAGCCAUCAAUGAACUUAUUUAGUGACGGUACUGACUUAAAUAGUGACAUUUCCAUUUGGUAACACCUGCUGGCGGAGCACGCUGGUAAUUUCAUACAGACUGGAGAACAAAAGAAUGUUUUAUAUCUUUUGGUCGUAACUUAAAGAGAAAGAAUUCGCCCUGAUCGAAUUGAUCUCAAGUAUCUGUGAUGAAGAGGUUAUAGGAUGUAUCAUACAAAUAGGUUUAGUUUUACAGCAGCAUAUUUCUUCAAAUAGCUUCCCAAGUGAAGGGAUGGUUUAGUUUGUAUGAUAUUACCAGCUAUUAUGAGUGGUCUAUUCAGUCGGUGUUUGGUGUCAGUUAAGGAUUUCACACACCAGCCCAACCUUUAACAUCGAACUUCAGCAGGAUUCCACUUUUUGCACUGUAGAAUAUGUUAAUAAAUUGUUUACGUUAAAAUUAUACAGUUUUCUUAACUAGAAAAGUCUCAGGUUUGCUUUUUUUAAAAAUACAUAAUUUGAUUGUCUUCAUUCCAUGUCAGCUUAUUAUUAAUGGUGACACCUGGGUACUUACAUGUUUCCACUUGCUCUAUAGGUUGACACCUAGGUACUUACAUAUCUCUACGUUAUCUAUGUGGUGAAAACUAGGUACUUACAUGUCUCUACUUGAUUGAUAUGGUGGCACCUAGGUACUUACAUAUCUCUACGUUAUCUAUGUGGUGAAAACUAGGUACUUACAUGUCUCUACUUGAUUGAUAUGGUGGCACCUAGGUACUUCUUAUAUGUCUCUACUUGCUCCAUAUGGUGACACUUAGAUUCUUAUAUGUCUCUACUUGCUUUAUACAGGUCUGUAACACAUGCUAUUUUAUUAGGGUGUUAGCAUGGUUAACUACUUUACGUCUAUCAUGUGCGUUCAGGAUGCCGGCUUGUGUAAUGUAAUGCUUACUUCACUCUUUCACACCUAACCUCUAUCAGUCUGUCACACAAGAAAUAGAUAUCGCUUUCCAGUUAAAUUCACAGUACUUUAUUAUAUCACUUUUCUACAACAAUAAUAAUAAUCCUUGAACAAAUAUCCAGGUAAUAAAAUCCAGAAUGCAAUUACUUCACAUAAUUCACUCUCUUUUCCCGUGAAAAAUACACGUUAACAUAGUACAAUAUUCAAAUUAUGCCACCACCCUGACUCAAUGGUUUCGUGUGCAAACAUGGUCUGUUACAAGGUUUUUUUUAUUGUGAGAGCACAGGAAGCAAUUUUAACGUAUACCCUAUGAGUAAACUGCUCUUAAGUAAAUCAUUGUAAAGGGAUCACCUGGAAGAGGUAAUUGGUAAUGGGUUAGAAGGUUAGUGAAGAGCGGUAAUUUAUAUGAGGCUGACAAUUAGUGGCAAGCCAUGACAGUCGGGUAAGCUAGAUACCUGGUCGGCAUUGGUGGCUAGUGGUAUGGCCACUGGAGUAUGAUAGGAAUGUGGGAUACAUGGUCAGCAGAGGUGGCUUGUGGCAUGGCCACCUGGAGUAUGAUAUGAAUGUGGGAUACAUGGUCAGCAGAGGUGGCUAGUGGUAUGGCCACCUGGAGUAUGAUAGGAAGGUUAAAUAUGUAUUUCUUUUUUUUUUAAAAUGCUUCAGAAACAUUGUAUCUCUAAGAGUCUUAGUGUGUAUGCUUAAAUAUUGGAUACAGUCUGAAAAGUGAAUGCCUGAUGUAUUUUAUAGUUCUGUUGUCUAAUGCAUUGUAUAGUUUUGUCGGCUAAUGUAUUGUAUAGUUUUCUUGGCUAAUGUUUUGUGCAAUUUUGUUGGUUCAUGUAUCGUGUAGUUUUGUUGGCUUAUGUAUGGUGUAGUUUUGUUGGCUUAUGUAUUGUGUAGUUUUGUUAGCUAAUGUAUUGUGUAGUUUUGUUGGCUUAUGUAUUGUGUAGUUUUGUUGGCUUAUGUAUUGUGUAGUUUUGUUAGCUAAUGUAUUGUGUAGUUUUGUUGACUAAUGCAUUGUGUAGUUUCGUCGGCUUAUGUAUUGUGUAGUUUUGUUAGCUAAUGUAUUGUGUAGUUUUGUUGGCUUAUGUAUUGUGUAGUUUUGUUGGCUUAUGUAUUGUGUAGUUUUGUUGGCUAAUGUAUUGUGUAGUUUUGUUGGCUAAUGUAUUGUAUAGUUUCGUCGGCUAAUGUAUUGUGUAGUUUCGUCGGCUUAUGUAUUGUGUAGUUUUGUUGGCUAAUGUAUUGUGUAGUUUUGUUGGCUAAUGUAUUGUAUAGUUUCGUCGGCUAAUGUAUUGUGUAGUUUCGUCGGCUUAUGUAUUGUGUAGUUUUGUUGGCUAAUGUAUUGUGUAGUUUUGUUGGCUAAUGUAUUGUAUAGUUUCGUCGGCUAAUGUAUUGUGUAGUUUCGUCGGCUUAUGUAUUGUGUAGUUUUGUUGGCUAAUGUAUUGUGUAGUUUUGUUGACUAAUGCAUUGUAUAGUUUUGUUGACUAAUGCAUUGUAUAGUUUUGUUUGGCAAAUGUAUUGUAUAGUUUCGUCGGCUAAUGUAUUGUGUAGUUUUGUUGGCUAAUGUAUUGUGUAGUUUUGUCGGCUAAUGUAUUGUGUAGUUUUGUUGGCUAAUGCAUUGUGUAGUUUUGUUGGCUAAUGUAUUGUAUAGUUUCGUCGGCUAAUGUAUUGUGUAGUUUCGUCGGCUUAUGUAUUGUGUAGUUUUGUUAGCUAAUGUAUUGUAUAGUUUUGUUGACUAAUGUAUUGUAUAGUUUCGUCGGCUAAUGUAUUGUGUAGUUCUGUCAGCUAAUGUAUCGUGUAGUUUUGUUGGCUGAUGUAUAGUAUAAUUUUACUUAUCUCUUCCCAACUAAUGACUAUUAAUUUUUGAUCACUUUUGUGUGUGUAAUAGAACAAUCUAAACACAGGAGGUAUGGAUCAAAAAAGAAACAAAUUUAUUAUUUUUUUUUUAAACUAAAAAAUUUCAUUACAAAUGGUGUCUCCAUAAAUUAAUUUACUUCUGUGAUUAAGGCCGUGUAUAGUGGUUCUCAGAUUGUAUGUUUUUGUUGUGUCCACAGGUUACCUUUGUGCUCCAGAGACGACCUUCUCACGUCCUCAUCAACAUCAUCCUACCAGUCAUCUUUCUUUCGUUCCUCAACCUCCUUGUCUUCUUCAUCCCCGUCAAGUCUGGAGAGAAGAUUUCUUAUGGUAAGAUUGACUGUCUUUGGCGAUUUACCCCUUUUGUGCCGCCCAUGGCUUCCUUGGUGUUCAAAGUUAUAUCAUACUCAACAUUGUAUCAGGGUCGAACCGAUCGUUAACGUCAACGACAAUGAAUCAUUUUCACUAACUUCUUUUCAACUUGUUAUUAUGCCGAUUUAAACUUUAAAAAAAAAUAUAUUAAUAAUAAAACUAAAAAGAAAAUAAUGUUUCAAGACGAGCACUCACCUUAAGAAUGGGUUGUGGGGUAAGUCAUGUGAGAAAUACAAAUUUUUGUUGACGUUUAUAAGAUGCACGCCCCUGAAAAAUUGUCCUCUUCUACCUACCAACCCCAAAAGGCAUAACGGUCCUGCUCGCCUUAACGGUCUUCAUGAGCAUGGUGAGCAGCAUGCUGCCGAGGUCGUCCCUCGAGAUGCCCAAGGUCACCAUCUACAUCUUCAUCCUGCUCUGCAUCUCCAUGCUGACCGUGUGCAACAGCAUCAUCAUCGUUUUUCUUCAUCACAUGGAUGAGGUGAGUAAACCGCUGGUUUGGUCAAGUAUGAAGGCUGCAAGAAAGCAAAUGGCUAAUCUCACUGUAAAUAACUAUCUAUUUUAUGCCCAAGCGAACAAAAAACAAAAAACAAAAAAAAAACAAAAAAAAACAAUUACAGUGAUCAAAUUUUUAAUAUUUACCAAUUAACUCAUUUCAUUAAUAUAAGAUCGCAUAAUAUCUUAAAACCGUAAACCAUUUACAGCGAUUAAGUGUUUGAAUAUGCCACGAAUUCACUUUGUCAAAAUAAAACAAAUGCUCCCACGGCUUGAAUAUAGAAGAUAUCCGAAGUUUUUACACAAACAAAAAAUUACAAUAAUUGAAGCAUUUUGUAUAGUUGUUACGUACAGUAAUCUGGCUUUUGCGAAUGAAAUUGAAUCUGUGUUAAGUUUUGGCUCUUUAGAUGAACAGCACGUAAGAAAUGACGGAAAACCAGUAUAACAAAAAAAAAAACGAUAUCAAAGCUCGUCAUAGGAAUAAUAGUCAGAAUGAUUAUACUAUUUAAUGUAUAUAAAAAUUGAAGAUCAAAUAGACAGAAAUACAAACUAUAUCAACUAAAGCACAGCAAAGGAAAAAGUAUAGACCCCGAAAGACACACAUAUCAAUAAACGCAUAAACGAAGAGUAACAUCGUGUAAUGCUACUAUAAGUAUUUUGCGUCACGUAAAUUAAUGUCUAGGAAAUUUAUUAAAAAAAUCUCUUCAGGCUAAGAAAGCAGUCGGCCCAUUUAGAGGUAUAGAGUUGGAACCCACCAGAAAAGAAAUUCUAGAAAUUCCGUCACCCGAUAUAAUUCUUAAAAUCAAAUAAGAACAUAAAUUUCCUUUUCCCAAUCAAGGGAGGGGUGGGUACAGCGCUACACAAUUAAUCGGUGAUAUCAAUAUAAAAAGGGAAGGGGGAAGAGGGGGAAGCUUUAACUCUACAUUGACCUAAAAUGAGAUGAACACAGAGGCUAUAACAAUGGUGAAUACGUAGGAAAAAUAAUUUGCAGUUUGCUUGUCUUUGUUUGCAAAAUUGAUAUAAACUAUUUCAAAAUUUGUAUUUCAAUUCUCUAAAGCAUCUUCAUUAUUUUCACUAUUAAUCAUUUUAUGUCCUAUAACCAGAAGAAAUCAAUUCACCAAAAAGCCAAAACAAGUUUCCAGAGACUGUACAGAAAAGUCACGAACUUGCGUCGAAUCAUUCCAAAAAUGGACAAAUCUAAAAGCUACGAUUUAUCGGAGAUACCACAAAGCACAAAAGAGGCGCCACUGAGCGAAGAUGAGGAGCUUCAGACAUUUACAAACGCCAACGGCAACGCUCGUCCUUCGGCAAAGCGCAGGUUGUCGUCCCUGUCCACUCUAACACAAGCCACGAACGACUCAGAUUGCGCCCCGGAUUGUUCUCUCCUACACUCGUCGGUCCACAGAAACAAACCUGAGAAUGACAACGGUAUCUAUACGCUAAAAGAGCGCAUUGAGUAUCCCCUGCGCGUUCAGACGUUGCUGCCUAAAACGCAGGAGAGCAGACGAGCGUCACUAGAGCAAGGGGCGCCGGAGACUCAGCCACUCAAGGGAGCCUGCUCUAAGUCGAUCCUUCUGGGGAAACCUAAAGUCAACAAGUACAAAGUCAUCGGCGACAACAUUGACUUCAUUUCAUUUCUGGUGUUUUUCGUUGUUUGGGUCGCCAUAACAUCGGGGUUCCUCCUGGAUAUUACUCUGUGAUGGUUGUCAAGGAAUGAAAGAAAUACACGGAACUCUUGAAAUUUUUUGCCAAUCAACUCUGAGAAAAAGUGAAAUCUCACAAAAUUAUUUAGUUUAUGCAUUAAAAAAAAAUUACAUGAAAAUUAUUACAUUUUUUAUAUAUUUUGUUAGCAAAUGAAUCAUUGAAAAUCCAGACAGAAUCUAAAAAUAACAAAACCGUUCCGACUGAAGGCGACGCUAAUCGCGUAUCGUGUUAUCUCCCCCAUGAACUGAUUCACGAUAAUUCUCAGACUUUUCCUAACCAUGAAUUGUUUUGAUAUUUGGUUUUAUUUUGACCUGGUUUUCUUUAGCACUACUACACUUUUGUUUCUUCAUCCAUGACUUGAUUUAAAAAUAGUUGUUUCUUUUCGAUAAUUUUUAAACUUUGUGAAAUGUGAACAUAUG